GCCGCCGACAUCCACGACCGCAUCCUCUCCUUCCCCGACGGCUACGACACGCAGGUGGGUGAGCGCGGCCUGAAGCUGAGCGGGGGCGAGAAGCAGCGCGUGGCCAUUGCCCGCACCCUCCUCAAGGACCCCGGCAUCAUCCUGCUGGACGAGGCGACAUCGGCGCUGGACACGGAGACGGAGCGCAACAUCCAGGCGUCGCUGGCCCAGGUCUGCGCCGACCGCACCACCAUCGUGGUGGCCCACAGACUCUCCACCGUGGUGGGCGCGGACCAGAUCCUGGUGCUCAAGGACGGGUGCGUCGUGGAGCGAGGCAGGUGAGGCCCCCCCGCCCGCGUCGCUGCUCCC